UGAAGAGUGUCAUACAUUAUCGUAUCUGAUCACCAGCACACAGCCACCGGAUCGAGACUGAUACAGAGCUGGCGUCCAGAUUGCCUCUGUAUCUGAUUCUGGUUUUGAUCGUCCAGUUUUUUUACCACACUGGGUGACAUGAUGGUUGCAGUGGUGGGGAAGCUCACGCAGCUGUGUACUCUUGCAGCGAGCUUGAAGGGAGGAGGUUGUGGGGGAGAAGUGAAGCUAGUGUAUGGACUCCACGAUGAGUUCUUCAGUGAAUUAAGGAUGCUCAUGACUAUAAAUUUCUGUGAGCGAAGAACCCUGAACUAUAAACUAUCUACUAGUGUCAACGGAAACACGUUUAGAAUCUUGCAGUUCAGGCCAGACUUCACGUUCAAUUCACAAACAGAAUGCCCAACCGAAGUCGUGAAACAGUAUAAGACAUUAGAUACACGAUUGAGAACUGUGCGGAAAGAGAUGUCACGAGACUAAUAGAUAUAGGAUUAAAAAAAUUCACGUUCUAUAUGAUGAGGUAUCUGGUGUAGAAUUUCCAAUAAUUUCUAUGUAGUGAAAAUCUAGCUACACAUAGACCGCUCUUGUAACGAUGCCCAAGUGGAGUUGCCAUUGCCACUUAAGGGUAGCAUACGCUUCUUGUCAGGUUGUCCAGGGGUAGCAUUUCUAGCCUAGACCGAGAAUGCAGACCUUAUAAGUCAUUUACCUUUAUUGAAUAUGAUGUCAGGAGAGGUCUAUACGGUCACCUAGCCUUUCGUCAUGUACAAGUCCGCCUUACCUUGAAGGAAAAAGCUGACUAGAUGGGUAAGCUAACAGAGCUUAGCCUCCCAGAGACAAUCAAAUCACGGGCCCAUCAGAAUGCCAGGAGUCCCAAAUCAGGUUCUAAAACAAUACACAAACUCGACAAAUUCGAAAGCCCUGGGGGAUCACAGACAAAGUCCAACAACAGCCCACGGCCAUCCCCUAUCCCCAGCAACAGUAACAUUGACAACAUUUCUGUUGGUGUUGUACAUUCCCGCUGUGUUUCGAAACAGCUGGACUUUGGUUCUCUUGAAAGCGUCUCGUUUAAGAAGGGAGCAAAUGCUGCUCCAAAUAGUGCAGCAACCAUGCUUCUUCUGGACACUAACGUUGGUUUAAGUCGCAACAACAGCAGGAGAUUUUCGCAGGAAGGCCUCUGUGAUACUGAGUCGGUUACAGAUUAUGUCUGUGGUUUCAUCACUACAGAUGAGCUACGACAGAUUAAGCAGAUUCUCCAUGCCUCAAGUAGCAGGCUGGAGGAGCUCUACAGGAAGGUUUCAGAGACUCCAGUUAAAGACCACAGUACAGGUUUUGAAAGCCUGCAGUGGGACAUUCUCAAAGAAACAGGUUAUAUCAGCUGGUUUGAGUUGGCUCUUUCACUAGCAGGAUUUCUCAGUGCUUACUGCGUUGAGGAAGAGGAGUUGACCGUUAAAAAGAAUAAGUGGAUUUCGCUGAGGUCUAUGUCCAAUUGUGUUCUUGAGCAGCUGGAUGAACUAAAAUCCAACUUGGAGUCAGACAGUGAUAUAUACAAGCUGGCAGCUGGGACACUAGUUUACUGCUGUUCGGUCGUCCGGCAUUUGGAGCAGAAAUCUCAAAAGUGUGGCUGCUUUGGCCCUCGAUCAGAUGCUUAUUUCAAAGAGCAGAUAGAAGGGAUCACACAGGAACUCAAAAAUUUACAGGACAAUUUGAACUUCGCAACCCUAGCAGCUGUCGGAAAUCGUGUCUCGCCACCAAUAGCAAGAUCAUCCAGAAUUGUUAUGAGAUUACCGGAGCAAUUACCUUCUAUUGUUGGUUUGGAGUCGCACAUUAAUCAUAUAACCGAAUACAUGAAGAAGAACGGGGUCUCUUUGAUUGGAAUUUAUGGACAGCCAGGGAUAGGUAAAACUACAUUGCUAAAUGAAAUUGUGGCAAAAGUAGAAGCAUCUGAGAAACGAUUGUUUGCUUACAUUGAACUUAAUGAGGACCUACGGAAGCUGCAAUCUUCCUUGUUACUACAGCUUGGAGGUGGGAAGAAAGAGUUCUCAAGUACUGCUCAAGGGCGUAGCGCAAUUCUCUACCAGCUUCAGAAACUCAAACAGCAAAACAAAGUCGUCCGGAUCGCAAUAGAUAACCUCUUCGAUGUGAGAUUGGUGGGAGAUCUUUUCCCACACAGUCUAGGGAAGGUACUUUCGAAUCAAAGUUCCGUGUUGAUCACUUGCUCUUCUAUGGCGAUUCUCACGAAAGUAGACCAAUUGUGUCGAACGGCUAACACUGCUUACAACUAUUUGCCAUACAAACUUCCGCACAUGACAGCUGAAAAUGCGAAGGCUCUCUUUAUAUCCUAUGCUACAUCGGAGCCUGUUCAGUCUCUGUCAUCAACGAAUGGGAUGUUCUCGAAGUUAAAUGACCUGAUUGAAAACUUUCUGCCUUUUUGUGAGGGUCUUCCGAUGGCUGUGAAAGUGAUGGGCUCAUAUUUUGCUACCCCGGCUAACCGGGCAGAGGAAAAUUGGAAGGCAAUUGCCAAGCGUCUGAAGCAAGCGGAAGUAGACAUGGAUACCUCCCAGGAUCAGAUGUUUGCGAAGCUGAUGGUGAUUUAUGAGAAGUUGGAACCUCCUCAGAAAGAAGCUUUCUUGGACAUAGCAGUAUUCUGCCGAUACUGGGACUGGAGAAUUGUGGAGCGUAUAGUGGGGAAACCUCAAAUAGAUGCAUUGGUGGAUCUUGGUCUAGUGCAUGCAAAAUUGAGGGACACAGAGAGCUUCUCAGGAAUUGCUCAUUUUACUCGUUACUCUGAGCAACCUUGGAGAACACACAUGGUGAUGAUGCAUGACUUACUGUAUGCUAUAGCUUGUCGGCGUGCAUGUGGUAACCGCGUGCACUCUGAAGAUCAAACUCAUUUGCCCGAUCGGCUUUUGAUGGAUAGCCCUGGCACUGAACUAAGCCAUAUCCAAGGCCUAUCCCUCAUAAACUGCAAGGAGGCUCUACAGGGUACAAUCUUGGAGAAGAUGUCGAACGUUCGAAUAAUCAUUCUUCAUGACGUAAAUAUAAAAGGAUUCUGCACGAAGAAUUUGAAUCAACUGCAAUUUUUCUACUGGGGAAAGAGUCAGAUUGGAAGGGAUAUACGCAUACCUUUUCAGUUGUGCAAACUGCGUAAGCUGGAGAUGACGAUCCUUCGUGCCACUGAAAUCGACCUUGCUAUGAAGUUCUCCUCUCAACUCAAAGAUCUCACCAUCUCUGGGUGUAACAAUAUGAUUGAGCUACCCCAGACAAUUCUCGUCCUUGCUAGCUUAUUGGAGUUGCAUCUCCUCAGUUGUAACAAACUCCAACACCUGACAAACGGGUUUGGUAGUCUGAAAUCUUUGCGCCGCUUCCGUCUCGAGAAUUGCGUUGGCGUUCGGCAACUUCCUAAAUCGAUUGGCCAGCUUGCAAACCUUUGCGAGAUGGACCUCUCGGGAUGUACAAACAUCACUACUUUACCCUCUGAAGUUGGCAACCUUGUUGGGCUUGAGAAACUGAACCUCUCACGAUGUAAAUGUUUGAUCCGUUUGCCACCUGAGCUCGGUUCGUUGCCAAAGCUAACUACGCUGGACCUGAGUAAGUCUGGGAUCACCGCAUUGCCUCCAGAGGUUGGAAAGCUGGAGACCUUGGAGUCGCUCUCUCUCUCUGGAUGUGUCAGACUAGAGAAACUGCCGAAGGACAUUGGUAAACUGUCAACGCUUCGUCAACUGAACUUGGGAUCAUGUACCAGUCUCAAAGAUCUUCCUCAUGAAAUUGGAAAACUGAAAUCGCUUCAAAAACUGUCUCUCAAUUCCUGUACCUCACUAGUCCGUCUACCCGAAGAGCUGUUUCAAAUCGUCACCCUUCAGGCCCUCGACUUAGACUACUGUAAACUUGUGGCUCACCUAUCGUCGGAGAUUCGAAACCUAAAGUCACUUGAACGGCUCUCCCUUAACUGCUGUACUAAGCUCAACAGGCUACCCCUUGAAAUUGCCAGUCUACCAACAUUGCAGGUUCUCAACUUGGUCGGAUGCACUGGGCUUAAGGCAGAAUUUCCCAAGGAGUUGCGGAAAAUGACAAAUGAAAAGUUGGUGAAGGUGCACAGGGAUGACGAUUUUGUGAUGCUGGAGGGACCAAAAAUCCCCAGUUUCAAUCACUACAACUCUGCAAUGUAAGCAGUGUAAAUAGUAAAACGCCUGCGCUACGGGUGUCCUUGAUCGAAUACUUGUACCCUAAACUGAAGAUUGAGAUAGACCUGCCAGAAUGUAAAUUUGGUUUAGCGCUUAAAAGGGAAUUGAAUAUUUGGAGUGACAGCAAAAACAGAUCCAAAACGAGCUCCACAUCCUUUGGUUACAACUCGGCGAACAGCGGAGGAUUCCUACUCGAAUCUUUGUAACCGAAUCUAUCUCAACACGUACGAAUGUGCUCAGCCUGAAGAACGCGCAACUUUUACAGGUUCGAAAUUUUCAGUUGGAAUUGAAUUUCAAUAAUCAACGGAUAGACGGCGCCGGAAAACUCUCACAAGAACCUUGAUAUUUUCAAUGAAACUAGAAAAUGAGUUCAGUUUAAGGCAUUUUAGUUUUCUUGCUUACAAAGGUAAUUUGUGCGAGUGGUGAUUUUAGGAACUUUACACACUGGAGAUUUGUAGUGACUCUCAGCAUGGCUGCGCUUUUAAAUUAAUAUGUCGCGCACAAAGUUAGUGAUUUGUAAGAUUUUGAGAUGCAAGAUCAGUGAACUACGUGCAAGCUGCAACACAGCGACGGUAACCAUGCAAUGAGUUCAUUAACUUGUAAAACAGGAGUCAAUUUGUUGCCAAGCAAGUGCGCACGUUGCCAAUCCAAGCUUCUUUCGAAGCAACCUCCCAGAUUGCUGUCAACAUGCACCAUUCAGAUUUCCUCCAAGCUCCAGGAAUGGAGAUGGAAGAAUCCAGUAUCCUUCAUUGUCAGUUUGGAUGAGGGUAUUGGGUAACAGCUAAGGUUGGCUCUUCGCAAGCAAUAGCAUUGAUCAACUCUUCUCUUCUUCGAAGAAAUCGUGCAACCCUUCCGUUCAAACAGCAUAUGCUCACUUCUGUGCCAUCGCAUUGCUUCUAUCUCUUUUCGGAAGGGAUAAUUCUAUGGAAUUGCUGCUAUGGGCAUUCCCUUUGGCUGGAAAACUCCACAGAUUCGGUUGAGUGAGUGAUCAUGUUCGCAAAAAGGGUUGAAAAUUCGGUUGAGCUUGAUCAAGCAAUGUUUGUUGCUGUUGUGUUAUUUUAUUUUUUAAAAAUCUUUGUUUAAUAGUUACUGGGAGAAACGGAAUCAGGAGACCAAGGCAUUCAAAAGGAUGAAACAAACGCCAAGUGAAAUUCCUCAUCUCGAUUUACUGCUCCCACCAAUUCCGUGAUUGUAACUGACAUGCUUGUCUGUUUCAAUCUGUUCAAGCUCAUCCUGGUUCUGGACAUCAUAGUUUAAUACUUUUUGCAGAUGCUUUUUGUUGUACACACUGCCAUCAUAAUUGAUUUAUUAGUUGUUGGGGUGGGGAAUUCUUUCAUAUUUUUUCUGAGUCUUCAUGUUGUGUAACGGGAGGUCAGAGAAUCUUCAUCUCAUGGAAUUUUCAAUUAAAAAUAACUGAUUGUUGAGUA